GUUGGUCAAUAAAUGAAUGAUAAACCAUAAAAGUCUCUACUUUCACCGCAUUUUUUUUGAGAAAGAGUUUGUUCUCCAGAUUAGAAGGAUCUUUCUUCAUUUUCAAUUCUCACCUUUUCUUUUUCUUUUUGCAUUUCUGUUCUUUACCUAUCCUCCAAUCACACAUCCGACCAUGGCAAAUGCGGCAUCUGGAAUGGCUGUUCAUGAUGACUGUAAGUUGAAGUUUUUGGAGUUGAAAGCCAAGCGAAACUACCGAUAUGUUACUUUCAAGAUUGAAGAUCAACAAGUGAUUGUUGACAAGAUUGGUGGCCCUGACAAAACCUACGAGGAUUUCACGAGCUCUCUCCCGCUUGAUGAAUGCCGUUAUGCCGUCUUUGACUUUGAUUUCACAACCGAUGAAAAUUGUCAGAAAAGCAAGAUUUUCUUCAUUGCAUGGUCACCAGAUACAUCGAAGGUGAGAAUGAAGAUGGUGUACGCAAGCUCGAAGGAUAGAUUCAAGAGAGAAUUGGAUGGGAUCCAGGUCGAGUUGCAAGCAACAGACCCUAGCGAGAUGAGCUUCGACAUUAUAAAAGCACGAGCAAUCUAACCAUAUUAAGAGCCGAGCUUGGUUUGAAUGAACCUUACCUUAAUUUUAGUUCCUAAUUAAGCAUAUUCGUGAACCUUUUUCUUAAUUUUGUGCUCGUUUUUUUCUAUAAGAGAAGUACACACAAUUGUAGUGCAAUGCAAUAUUAUUCUCAUGUGUUAACA